AUGGCUACUAAACAAGAUGAUUUCACUGAUAAAUUCUCAUACCUAUCAGUUAAAACACAAUCAGGGAUGAGCACUAACAGUGAAAUAAAUUCAAUUUGGUUAAUACCAUAUUCAUUCAAGUGUGGCUAUUCAUUCCAGUGUCCAUUGACGUUUAAACAGUUAAUUGAUCGACAAUUGAGUCAAAAAUAUUUUCAUGAACUAUUAUUGGUGACUGAACAAAAUCAUAAAAUAUAUGACUUUCAUAUGCGAUUACGCUCUCAAGGUCACUAUGGUUUGGCUGUGGAUUUCAUAUUCAAUAAUGCUGAGGAUCAAUCCGGCCCAGUUAAGAGUGAAAUAUGUAAUUGGUGUGAUAUGAACAAUCAAUUAUCGAAGCUGAAUUUGAUUAAACAAAAUCCGACAACAUGUAUUUGGUUCGAUGCCCAAUUGAAAAAUAAAUUAAUUAUUACACCACAACGACAUAUUGAACGAUUAUCGGAGAUGACAGAAGAAGAAAUGAAACAGUUUUGGAAAGAUACCAAAGUUGCUUUAGACGAAGAAGGAUGCGACUGGCAAAGUAUGACUCUAAAUCAUGGAAAAUAUCGAAAACAAUUUCAUCUUUGUAUGAAAAUCAAUAUUGACCAACAUCAGUGGAAUCAAUGUAUUAAAAAGAAAUAUGAAGAGAAAAUAAAACAAAUACAACAUUUACUCAAGUGCAACGAACAUGAUCCUAUCGAAACUCAUUCUACUGAUCGGAAAUUAAACAAAUGGAGUGAAAUGAGAAAUGAUAAAAUAAAAGGAAAAACAUGUACAAAUUGA